AUGGCUGCUGAAAAAGACGUACACUACAUCACUUCAAGAGAAGCUAAUAGUUCUGAUAAAGGUGAUGCCCUUUAUGUUGAAUCUUAUUCUCAACAAGAACCAGCUACUAAAUUAACUGGUUUUGCUAAAUUCAAAGAUGGUUUCAAGCGUGCCAAGGUUGAAGACUUGGGUAUCGAUGAAAACAUGACCGAAGCUGAAAAGAUCGGUGUUUUAACUGCUAACUCUCCAUUAUCUCGUUCUCUUAAGAACAGACAUUUACAAAUGAUUGCCAUUGGUGGUUCCAUCGGUACUGGUUUAUUCGUUGGUUCCGGUUCUAACUUAAGUACUGGUGGUCCAGCUGGUUUAUUAAUUGCCUACUGUUUAAUAGGUACUAUGAUUUACUGUACUGUUCAAUCCUUAGGUGAAUUAGCUGUUACUUUCCCUGUUUCUGGUGCUUUCGUUACUUACAAUUCUCGUUUUAUUGAUCCAUCUUGGGGUUUCGCUAUGGCUUGGAACUAUGCUAUGCAAUGGUUAGUCGUGUUACCCUUGGAAUUAGUUGCUGCUUCAUUAACUAUCAAGUAUUGGGAUCCAAAUACGAAUUCAGCAGCAUACGUUACCGUUUUCUAUGUUUUGAUUGUUGCUAUUAACUUCUUCGGUGUUAGAGGAUAUGGUGAAGCCGAAUUUAUUUUCUCCGCUAUCAAGGUCAUUGCUGUGAUUGGGUUUAUUAUCUUAGGUAUAGUCUUAAUCACUGGUGGUGGUCCUCAAGGUGGUUACCUCGGUGGUAAGUACUGGCAUGUUGAUGGUGCUCCAUUCCCUAAUGGUGCCAAGGGUGUUGUUACCGUGUUCGUCGGUGCUGCAUUUGCCUUUGCUGGUACUGAAUUAUGUGGUUUAGCUGCUGCCGAAUCUGCUAACCCAAGAAAGAGUUUACCAAAGGCUUGUAAACAAGUUUUCUGGAGAAUCACUUUAUUCUACGUUAUUUGUUUGACUUUAAUCGGUAUGUUGGUUCGUUAUGACAACAAGAGAUUAUUAGGUGCUUCUUCAGUCGAUGCUACUGCUUCACCAUUCGUCAUUGCUAUUGAAAAUGGUGGUAUCAAGGGUUUACCAUCUGUUAUGAACGUUGUUAUUAUGGUUGCUGUCUUAUCUGUUGGUAACUCUUCUGUCUUUGGUUCAUCUCGUACUUUAGCUGCAUUAGCUGCUUCUAACCAAGCCCCAAAGAUUUUCGGCUACAUUGACAGACAAGGUCGUCCAUUAGUCGGUAUUAUCGCUCAAUUAGUUGUUGGUUUAUUAUGUUACCUUGCUGCUUCUCCAAAGGAAGGUGAAGUCUUUGGUUGGUUAUUGGCUUUGUCCGGUUUAUCUUCCAUCUUUACUUGGGGUUCUAUUAACCUUUGUUUAAUCAGAUUCAGAAGAGCUCUUUCUGUUCAAGGUAGAGAUACUAGUGAAUUAACCUUUACUUCUCAACCAGGUCUCAUUGGUGCUUACUGGGGUAUGACUCUUAACAUUGUUGUUGUCUGUUUACAAUUCUGGAUUGCUGUCUGGCCAUUAGGUGGAUCUCCAAGUGCCGAAACUUUCUUCAACAACUUCUUAACUGUCCCAGUUGUUUUGAUCUUCUACGUUGGUCACAAACUCUACUCUAGAAACUGGAAGUUGUACAUUAGAGCCAAGGACAUUGAUAUUGAUACCGGUAGAAGAGAAAUGGACUUGGACUUGGUCAAGCAAGAAGUUGCCGAAGAAAAGGCUUACAUUGCUUCCUUACCUUUCUACAAGAGAGUCUACAACUUCUGGUGUUAG